AUGGCUUCCCUGCAGACUCUAAACCUGGCGCACCUGCCUCCAGAUUUAGCGGUCCAUAUUGCACUGUACGCAGACCUACAGAAUGCGCCUUUUCUGCGGGACCAAUUACUCCAAGGCAAUCCCGAUUUUGAGUAUGCUCUCAUCGAUGCGACUGUAAUUCUCUCCACCACACAUGUGCUAGCAGCCGUCUUUAGAGCGGCGAACGACCAUUUGAACGGGAGAUUGAGGAGUCGGACCGUGCACAGCGAGAUCGUGUUUAGUUUAGGGGCGAAUAACAACAUAGCACAAUCCCUCCGCACAUUCGGCAUCACCGCUACUACCACAAACCUUCUCGCCAUCAAGCUCACCACCAACCCUAGCAUCACGGCGUCGACUGUCUCUGAGCACCUGACUGCCUCGGUAAAUGGUACUCCAGUCGAGUUCAGCGAUGCCACUCUGGCAAAAAUGGCAGAUGUAGGAAAAAUCAGGAAGCUGUAUAAGCUAAGUGGUGUCGGAGAAGCAGAUUCAAAGGGCAAGAGGAGGCGGAAGGACGGGAGUGAGGAGGGCAGUGGGGGCGUCGAUGGCGUAAAGGCAGGGAGUACAGGCUAUGGUGCUGAGAGGGAGAGGAAAGAGCUCGAGGUUGCGAUUCUGGGGUUGAUGGCUUUGAGGGGCGCGGUGUGA